GGCCCAGCUCGAACAUGCUGGACGGCCUGAAGAUGGAGGAGAACUUCCAAAGCGCCAUCGAGACGUCAGCCUCCUUCUCCUCGCUGCUGGGCAGAGCGGUGAGCCCCAAGUCUGUCUGCGAGGGCUGUCAACGGGUCAUCUCGGACAGGUUUCUGCUGCGGCUCAACGACAGCUUCUGGCAUGAGCAGUGCGUGCAGUGCGCCUCCUGCAAAGAGCCCCUGGAGACCACCUGCUUCUACCGGGACAAGAAGCUCUACUGCAAGUAUGACUACGAGAAGCUGUUUGCUGUCAAAUGUGGGGGCUGCUUUGAGGCGAUCGCACCCAACGAGUUUGUUAUGCGGGCCCAGAAGAGUGUGUACCACCUGAGCUGCUUCUGCUGCUGCGUCUGCGAGCGGCAGCUCCAGAAGGGUGAUGAGUUUGUCCUGAAGGAGGGGCAGCUGCUCUGCAAAGGGGACUACGAGAAGGAGCGGGAGCUGCUCAGCCUGGUGAGCCCGGCAGCGUCAGACUCAGGCAAAAGUGAUGAUGAAGAAAGUCUUUGCAAGUCAGCCCACGGGGCAGGGAAGGGAGCCACUGAGGACGGCAAGGACCAUAAGCGCCCCAAACGUCCCAGAACCAUCUUGACAACCCAGCAGAGGAGAGCAUUCAAGGCCUCGUUUGAAGUAUCCUCCAAGCCAUGCCGGAAGGUGAGGGAGACCCUGGCCGCAGAGACAGGGCUGAGCGUCCGCGUCGUGCAGGUGUGGUUCCAGAACCAGAGAGCUAAGAUGAAGAAGCUAGCCCGGCGGCAGCAGCAGCAGCAGCAGGACCAGCAGAACAGCCAGAGGCUGAGCUCCGCUCAGACAAAUGGUGGCGGGAGCGCUGGGAUGGAGGGGAUCAUGAACCCCUACACGGCGCUGCCCACCCCGCAGCAGCUCCUGGCCAUCGAGCAGAGCGUCUACAGCUCCGAUCCCUUCCGACAGGGUCUCACCCCACCCCAGAUGCCUGGAGACCACAUGCACCCCUAUGGUGCCGAGCCCCUUUUCCACGACCUGGAUAGUGACGACACCUCCCUCAGUAACCUGGGUGACUGUUUCCUAGCAACCUCCGAAGCUGGGCCCCUGCAGCCCAGAGUGGGGAACCCCAUCGACCACCUGUACUCCAUGCAGAAUUCUUACUUCACCUCUUGAGU